UCCCUUAUCAUCAUUUUCCACUUUAUAACAUUCUUGGGGACAAAGUUCACUCACACCAACAACUAAAGAGUAACCAUGGAAAAACAAAAUGCUAUAGUUUUGUAUCCAUCACCGCCUAUAGGUCACUUAGUGUCCAUGGUUGAGUUAGGCAAGCUCAUCCUCUCCAAAAACCCAUCUCUCUCCAUCCAUAUCAUCUUAGUUCCACCACCUUAUCAGCCGGAAUCAACCGCCACCUACAUAUCCUCCGUCUCCUCCUCCUUCCCUUCAAUCACCUUCCACCACAUCCCCACUAUCACAUCACACUCCUCCAAAACCUCACCAAAACAUCACGAGUCACUCGUCCUAGGAAUCCUCCGUUCCAGCAACCAAAACGUCCAUAAUACUCUGCUAUCCAUCUCCCUUGCAUUCAACCUCCGUGCCAUGAUUAUUGACUUCUUCUGCACGGCCGUGCUUGAAGUCACCGCCGAUUUCGCGUUCCCGGUCUACUAUUUCUUUACCUCCGGAGCCGCUUGUCUCGCCUCUUUCUUCCAUCUCCCGACUCUCGACGAAACUACAGCCGGACAAAACCUCAAAGACGUCCACACGCUCCUCAACAUACCCGGCGUUCCUCCCAUCAAAGGCUCCGAUAUGCCUAAACCGGUGCUUGAACGCGGCUAUGAUGUGUACGAUGCUUUCAUAUUGUUCUCUAAAGAGCUCUCAAAGUCUUCAGGGGUCAUUAUCAACACAUUUGACGCAUUAGAGAACAGAGCCAUCAAGACCAUAACAGAGGAGCUCUGUUUUCGAAAUAUCCAUCCAAUAGGACCGAUCAUUGUAAACAGAAGAACCGAAGACAAGAACAAUAACAAGGAAGUCUCUUGUCUGAGUUGGCUCGAUUCGCAGCCGGAAAAGAGUGUCUUGUUCCUAUGUUUCGGGAGCUUAGGUUUGUUCUCAGGAGAACAGCUAAAAGAGAUUGCUCUUGGAUUAGAAAAGAGUGGACAUAGAUUCUUGUGGGUGGUGCGUAAUCCACCCGAGCUACAAAACCAGACAGAACCGGAUUUAAAAUCCCUCUUACCGGAAGGAUUCUUAAACCGAACCGGAAACAGAGGAAUGGUCGUCAAAUCAUGGGCUCCGCAAGUUCCGGUUUUGAAUCAUAAGGCCGUUGGCGGAUUCGUCACUCAUUGUGGUUGGAACUCAAUUCUUGAAUCUGUUUGCGCCGGUGUACCGAUGGUUGCAUGGCCUUUGUACGCCGAGCAGAGGUUUAACAGAGUAGUGAUUGUGGAUGAAAUAAAGAUUGCGAUUCCGAUGAAUGAAUCGGAGACGGGUUUCGUGAGCUCGACGGAGGUGGAGAAACGCGUCCAAGAGAUAAUGCAGGAUGGUCCGGUUAGGAAGAAAACCAACGAAAUGAAGAACGCAGCCGAAUCAGCCUUGACUGAAACCGGUUCGUCUCAUGCCGCGUUGACUACGCUACUCCAGUCGUGGUGCCCAUAAUAAUGAAUCUCUCAAGUCCUUCUUCUAAUAUCAAUUAAUGGUUCAAGUUAAGUCUUGUAGUCUAGUAUCGAAUUAUAUCAAAAAACAUUCCGCAUUCAUGAAAAUUUGGGUUCA